UUCGCUACUCGAACGUGCAACAAAGCUGAAGUCUUACUCGGCAUAACUCGCGCAUUAUUAACUCCACGACAUUCAGAUACUUUGCAUUGCAAACGGCAAGCAAUUGGUGCACAUCGUUAUAGACAAAUGAACGUUAAAGUCGUAAGAGACUGAAAUUAAAAUAAAAAAAAAUAAAUUAAACAAUUUAUAUUAAGUAUCUCGGUCAGUACAAAAAAAAAGAAAAUCAUGACUUUUAUUAAUAACUGAACUCAAAGAAAACAAAAAAAAAAAACAAAAUCAUCUGUGAAAGCCAAAACGGUUAAAUUCAAAUUGCGAAAAUCGUCGUGAAUUUUUGGAAAUUUUCGCUAUCGAAAUCCAUCUUAAGACAUCACAAUUGUGCAAUAAAAAAAUCGUUUUGCCCUAUAAUUUUGGGAUUCAAACAUAAAUUAAAUUAUGAAAACGUUUGUUGGUAAUUUGUGAAAAAAGAAAUUAAACGAUUUUUACCAAAAUAGUGAAAUUAACCAUUGCACAUCAUUUUUGUGCUGUAUUGCAGCAUUUUACUUCGCUAGUCCUUUUCUUCCUUUUACUUGUGGAUUAAACUAAAACAAACAAAAUGAAACUUAAACUAUUUGUACUUUGCUUUGUAAUUGGUCUACUAAAUACCAAUGCAAAAGAAAGCAGUGAUGAUACAAAAUCUACUACAAAAAGCGUAGAAGAUAAAUCUACUACCCUUAAGGCGUCAUCACCAAAAGCAGUUGAACCAACAGAGACAAUAUCCAAAGACAAAAGACAAAUUGGUGCAAAAGAAACUGCAGUGUACCCAAAUCAUCGUUUGGAAGCAAAUAUUGAUGAUCCAGAAAAUCCACAAGAAACGAUUUAUGGACCAAAGCCCAGUCAAUUCAUAAUAAGGCCAAUUGCAGCACAGCAGUCACAGUUGCGCAAUUAUCCGGUGACAAUACGACCACACAGCACUCAACUACUGGAACAGAGUCAAGAGAUACAGCACUUUGCCUACUUACAAGAUAUUAACAGAAGCCAACAGCCAAAGUCUACGCAAGACAAAGUGCAAGCGGCACAAUCAAAAAAAAUAGCAACCACAGCAGCCACACUAGCACAGUCACAAUACAAUAAUAACGUCGAUGAAGCCGAACAACGUUAUACAAUAGCCAUACAACCACAAGCACAUCUGCGUCAAUAUCCAUCCGCGCAAGCAUUUCAAGCACAAGUACCAAUACCACAACAGCAGCAACUACAACAGCAACAACAUCAACAACAACAACAGCAGCAGCAACACCAACAGCAGCAACAACAACAAUACCAAAUAAUACCAGAGGAACAAUUUCUUAAAUUGAUUGAGGAAGAAUUACAAGCGCGUGCCUAUCAUGAAGCACAAUUCCGUGAACAGCAACAACAGCAACACAUACAACAACAGCAGCAACAACAACAGCAACAGCAUCAGCAGCAACAACAACAACGACAGCAACCCGUGACUGCAGCAACACAUCAAAAUGAUAGAAUUGGUAAAGGUUUGAACGGCUAUCGUCAAUCACCCAUCGAAGAACCGACUCCACAACAAUAUGUACAAUAUGUGCCACAGCAUCGUGGUGGACCAAAAUAUUUGCCACUGUCACAAAAUCAAGCACAAAUUGCUGAUUCACAAUUAGCAGAACAAGAGUUGGAACAACAAAUACCACCACAAAUCGCUUACUAUCAUCCACAAAACUACAAAGCAUUGCCAAAUCAUCCGCUCGCAAAAUCAUCAUUAGAAAAAGAAAUAGAAAAAUUAUUAGCCACUAACAAGCCAUCUGCUGCAGCACUACAUUUAAUACCAAAUAUAGAACCACAACAACAGCAACUUCAUCAACAACACAUACAACCCCAACCACAAUUACAACAAAUUCAUCAUCAACGCCCGCAACCACAAUUACAGUUGCAACAAACACGCCCCGCACCACGACCACACGUACAACCAAAAGCAUUCAUAGCCACCACACCCAAUUCAUUACUUGAUGCCAACAAUCAACCAUUCAUACCUUCACUAUUCAAAUUUAGUAAUUUCCAAACACCUACACCAGUUUAUCCCACAUCUGUGCCACAACAAAUAAUAGAUGCCAAAAAGUUAGGUCCUGUUGUUUAUCCCACUGAAACCAGUAACCAACAACCAGCACAACCCUCACAGUAUUACUAUCAGGAAGCCGCACCUAAUGCCGUCAAGUCCAAACCAUAUCGUGCUAAACAAUACAGCAACAAGCAAUCAACUGCUGCACCAACGAAACCACGUCAAAAAGAGGUCAAGCUACAAUCAGCACCACCCAAAUAUUCCCAACCGCUCAUAUAUGAUUUUGAAAAUCCAACACAUCUUACCCCCGGUCAAUUCUAUCCAAGUCAACCAGAUCCAAUUAAACCACAAAGCACACCACAACCAACACAUGCUGCACCACCACACAAUCAACCACCAACAGAUUAUCGCCCAUACGCCUUACCUAAUCCAUCACCCUCACAAUCCAGCAUAUACGUAUCGCAAGGCACGGGCAUUAACACACGGCAAACCACUAUAAAACCCAAAACCGUAGAAGACGUUAAACAAUUACGUUUACCACAACCUGGUGGAAAGCCACUAACACAAGCCGAAUUUCAAGCUUUAGUCGAUGCAGGCUAUCCAGUAACAGCUGUACCCGUGCCAGUGCCAGUACCAUAUGAGCAAUUCAUCAAAGAACAUCCCGACUACCGCAAUCAACCUAUAGACUACAAUGCGCAAUUGGGACGUUUCGCUCAACAAUAUGCCCCACCUGCACAUGGUCAGCAGCAACGUUCUCUUGCGGCAGCCUCCGAACCAGCUGUGAAAAUUAUUUCACCCGGCCCAACAGAACAACAAAACGAUGAUGAGAGUGCUGCAUACUUGAGGCAAUUGAAUGCUCAGCAGAAAAGACGUCCACGCGAUGAGAAGGAAACUGCAGUGUCCGGCAAGAAGGAAUCAUAAGUUAUAUGUUUUUUUUUUCUAUUGCAUUUUUUGCAUUUCAU